AUGUCCAUAUCCCCCUGGAAUGCAAAUAAUGGCUCAAAACCUAUAUCCCAUCAAAGUGAGCAUUCCCAUAACUUCACUUAAUCUUAAGGAGACCAUUUCUUAGAGGAAUAAAUUUUGUGGGACUUUGAAGAUGAUUAUUCAGAUGAUUAAUUAUUUAGAAAUCUCUUCGUCAUCAUAACAGAUUUAUUAGAAGAUAAGUACCCCAAAAAAGUAACAAAGCUAACUGCAAUUGAAGCACACAAGAUUAUUGAAGAUUGUUAACUUUAAGUAAAAUAAGCCAUAGAGGAUCACAAAAAAUAUAAACAUAUUUAAGACAUAUUGGCAUUUGAGUCAUUUAUCGAUAAAAAUGAUUCCAUGAUUAAUUUACAAAUACAUACAUCAAAAAUAAAAGAGAUCAUAUAGUGGGAUUUAGAGAAUGCAUUUGAUUACAUAGAUGAAUUCGUACAAGGUUAUUGUUAUGAAAAUAAAUUGGACAAAGAAAACUUUGUGUUAAUAGGAAAUUAAAUUAGAGAAUAAAUAUAAAAAGCAUACGAAAAGAGAUUUCGAAUUGCAUAAAAAUUACUUUUAGAUGAUUAAACAGAAUUCAAAUAGAAAUUGAUCUCAUAUUUGGACUAUCCAUCUUUUGAACCUUAUUAACCAAUUAGAGAUCUUCCAUAAAAUAAUGAUAUAAAUAUGUUUUUCAAAAAGAAUAUUGAAUUUUUGCCACCAGAACUAUAAAUGCUCUAUGGAUAAAAACCACAUAUAAAAUAAAUACUGGAAUUAGGAGUAGAUUAAGAUGAUACAAAAAAGUUCGAAAAAGAACUUAAUUAAAAAUCGAAAUAUCUUGAUCAAACUAUUUUAUCCGAUAUCAUUAACAAGACUAAAUAAAAUUGA